UUGCUCGUUGCAGUUACGAACUCGAGGUAGGGCACUAAUUCAAAGCUUUUCUUUCGAGUUCCUAGGCGGUAAAAUCGAUAUAGUUUUCAACAGAUCCCAUCAUGGCGAUGCAGGACGUUAUAAAUAAGGUUAAGGGGACAGCUCUUGGAGUUGCGGAGUACUUGACGCCUGUUUUGAAGGUGCGUUACAAAAUUUUCUACUUAAUCGAAAAUCCAGCUGUGCAAUUUUGUUUUUUUUUCGCUUAUUUUCAAUCAAUUUAGAGAAUUAACCAUCUUUUCUGUCAAUAUAGGAGUCAAAGUUUCAAGAAACGGGCGUUAUUACUCCAGAAGAAGUACGUAUGUAGGUUUUUUAGCUGCGUAAUCCAUGUAAAUAUAGUGGAAUUUGUACACCACAAGCGAUCGUUUAAUCCAUUUGCGCUUAGAUUUGAGCUUCCAAAUGUUAUAGUAAAGUUCGGAUAUAGCGCGCGCUGUCAUUGGUUGAAACAGCGCGCUAUAUGAGAGUAAAGAACAUAGAGCAAGAGCGCUAAAGACGCUGUCCGACCAUUUCCCGGACUUCUCUCUAGCUUUUUUUCACUCAUUGAAAGUGAAAUUUCGGAACAAACGAGCCGGCAAACCACACUAAAGUUGAAAGAUAUUGUGAAACUCAACAAGUGUGGAGGAACACUCGACUACAUCUCGUGUUUCUACCUACACUUCUUUCAUGCUCUAGCCGCUUCCUGCGUGCUUUACAAUAGAACGGAGCACAGUCAAGGCUUCUCCGUUAGUAAAAUAGACUAACCAAUUUUUAUUACAUGACCGAACAAUGUCUUUCACUUUUGAGUGCUUAGAGCGAUGCUUAUACGAAGGAAACCAAAACAACAAUUAAUUGUCUACUGUAGAUCCCAAUCAAUCAUUAAUGAAGAAAACAAUUACAAAAAAAGAUAGUUUACCUUUGAGAGGAACGCUUUGUUUUAGGACAGUGUGGGAUGAUGUGGAUAUCUUCUUUUCAAAGUUAUCGCCAUGUAAAGAUAUGCACAUGUAACUUCUCCCUAAAAUAUCCAUAUAUUAUCUAGCAAAAAGUCCAUGAGGAUAAUCAAACUUAUCAGGUAGAAGUUGUUGUCUUGAUCUAACACCAAAUUCUCAUCACUUAUUCACAAGGAAAUGUGAAGUAGUUUAAGGGGAGAAUUAAUAACCAGAUCUUGGCAGUUAGAAGGAUUAAAGGGGCCGCAAUGUGAAAUCCAAGCUUGUCCACAAGCUACAGACUGCAAUAGGAGGUCUUCUAAGCAGCAGUAGACUGCCAAUAACUAGCUUUUAAUAAAACCCUUGGUUCAAACCAUUUACUGUAUCAUUAUUAGUGAUACAAGUAAUUAAAUUUGUUGCAUAUCUACUUAUUUUUUUUUUAUGUGUGAUUUACAGUUUGUGGCAGCAGGAGACCACUUAGUACAUCACUGUCCAACAUGGAAAUGGUUUGUGUCUGUCUUGUUUUGUUGAGAUUAUAUGAUCUACAGAGGUUUUUCACUUUCACUCCAAGGAGUGACACAGAAGUUACUUCUCUCAACAAUAUCAAUGUAAUAUCUGGCAAACAGUUGAUGAAAGUAUAGACAAAUAUCAAUUGGUAGGAGAUGCUGUUGGGAUCAACACCCAGUUGACUGGACUGUAGCAACUGUUCAAAAGGCUAAUGCAGAAUCAGCAACCUGUUCAAUCUCCUAUUGUUAUUAAGUAAAUUUCUCUGGCAAAAUUAUGAUUUAUAUUCCAAAUUGAUUCUGUCUUUUCUUUCCUAGGGAUUCAGGACCUGAUGAUACUAAAAUAAAGAACUACCUUCCAAAAGACAAGCAGUUUUUGUAUACAAAGAAUGGUAAGCAUGUUUUCCAAUAUUUGUAAAAUCAGUACACCUUGCUUGCAUUCCAUGAGUCAUUCUUUAUUUCUGAAAUGAUUUGCCUUUAGUUCCUUGCUACAAGCGAUGCAAGGAAAUGGAACACCAAGAGGAAAAUGAAGCAAUUGUCGAACCAGACGAAGACGGGGGCUGGGUAGACACCCACCAUCACCUUGAUCCAAGUGGGGAGCAAGCUGUCACUGGUACUCAGGAGUCGUUUGCAGAGAUGACACUUGAAUCUGACAAGGCAAGUGUUAAUUUAUGAAGGAAGUUACUUUCUAAAGAAACUGUGUUGCUAGUACAUUGUUGGGAGGUAUAACAUAAUAACUUGGUUUUCUCAGUUGGGUUGAUGUUGAAUAAAAUAAGCAAUAAAUUGGUCACUGUAGGUUUUCUAAAGCUUCCUUUUCAAGCAUUAGCCCUUUGUUGGAGAAAAGGGCAAACAGUUUGCAACAAGUUAAUGAAGGGCUUAGUGUUUGCUCUGACAAAGGGCUGCCUCUUGAAGCAUCAACUCUAGCAACUCUAUGUGGCCAAUGUUCAUUAUCAACUCAGUUGAUAAAACCAAUGAAAUUAUAUGCUAAUCAGUUUGUGCUGAUGGCAUGCUAAGGGUGCACUCACAGGAGUGAUGAGAAACCAUGACCCAUUAAAAGCAGUAACAACAGCAAAUUGUCUUUUAGGGCACAAAAGAUGUGUUCAGGCUUGCAACAUUAUGAAACUACAGAUGGUACCAGUUAACCCUUUAAAUCCUAGAAAUGAUGAACAUGAAACUUCUCCCCAUAAUAUCCAUACAUUAUUCAGCAAACAGGUAAUGAAAAUAUUCAAACUUAUCAGGUAGAAGCUGCUAUCUUGAUCUAGCACCAAGUUCUUAUAACUAGUUGACAAAGAAAUCUGUAGCAGCCACAGGGGAGAAUUAGCAAUCAGAUUUUGGGAGUUAAAGGGUUAUUAAAAUGAUAUUAAGUGCAUUGACAGAACUGAAAAUAAUUUAAUUCUGUCCAGUUCAUAGUUACAUCACCUUUUCAAUUUAUACUUUGAAAAUGAUACACUACUAGUCAGUUUCAUUACAACUACUAUGCAGUACUACUUGUAAUACUGCUUCACCAGCAAUGAUACAAAUGCUUUAUUCCCCAUUUCCUUUUUUUCCUGCAGACCUCAAUUUUGCAAAUGUUAAAUACCUGUCACUUCAUUGCUGUUACUGUACAUUUCAUCACUGAAAAUGUGUCUGUUUUGAAUUUUUAGCUUUUGAAGAAAGUGGAAUGCUUGAAAGUGAUGAGGUACAGUAUAUUCCAUGGCAAAAAAAGUGCAAGCGAUGAACAUUCACGAUGGGUAGCAAUAUAUGUCAGUUGUAGUUAAUCACCCCAUGCUUCAGAAACAAAGACAUGAUCCAGUAAUAAAGCAAGUCACCAGGCCUGUUGCUUUUUUCAAAAACUUAACCUUGUCUUUUUGCAGGCUACCUUGUCAAUUAAACCAACUUCUAAGGCUGAGUCAGAGGCGGAGGGAGCCACAGAUGCAAAUGCCUCUGGUGGAAUUCUACAAACAAGAACUUACGACAUGUACAUUACAUAUGACAAAUAUUAUCAGACGCCACGACUGUGGCUGUUUGGUUACAAUGAGAUAAGAGUUUGUUGAAUCUCAUUACAUUGAGAGUGACUGAAAUCCCAGAAUUGCAGGCAGAUCUGAAAAGAAAUAAAACAUUCUUCUGUACUCUUUUGUUAUGAGAGCCAAGACUUUGGUAUCUGUAUCUACUGUGCCUCUCCAUUAUGACAUGGGUCAGUGUAAAACUUCAUGCCACAGGGUGCCAAGAUUUCUGAUGUACAUAUUCAUUUAGAACUAACCAUAUGAAUUUUAAUGCUACAUGUAUAAAGGUUUUGCCUUUCAACUGACCUGGAAAAAAACAGAAUACUUUAUUUUAGGGAUCAGCUCAAAUUGUUAACAAAAAGGGUCACUGCAUAUCAAUUUUUCCAGUUUUUUAAAGGUCUGGUACAGGUAUUGGGAGUAUAAUGCGACCAACCAGUCCAUAAUUUUUGGAAUGAGCACUACUGAGACAAUCAUGUAGCUUUUUGGAUGUUUUAUUUUACAGAACCGAGAACCCCUUGCAGUAGAAGAGAUGUAUGAGGAUAUGAGUCAGGUAAAGUUUUAGUAGUUUUCAGAGUAGAGUUUUGUUGGUUGACUUUUGCAUCAUGAACAUAAUGUGUGCUCUGAAUUGUAGGACCAUGCAAAAAAAACAGUGACAUUGGAGGCUCAUCCUCAUUUGCCAAUGACCAUGGCAUCUGUUCAUCCUUGUAGGUGAGUUGCUACAACUGUCUUCCUACGCCUAAUCCUUACCUUGAUUCUCCCAAAUACUUUGCACUUUCUCUAUAUCAAUUUGUUGCUCAUCCCUUUCUGCUGUACAUACAAUCUGAUAAAAAUCUGAAUUUCAAGGAUGGGAUACCCUGAAAAUAGAUACUUGGUAUCAACUGCCGUCAACUUCAGUCUCCUUUGCAUUUUCACUUUCGUUCACUUACAUAACGUUCUUCCUAAAACUUAUUAAGUUAUAGAAUGUACAUAAUGAGGUGAAGGUAGUUAAUGGUCACUCCUAAAAACGACAGGCAGACACCUAUCCAAAAUGGACACUAAUACCUAAGUGCAAGUACUGAAUUUUGGAGAAAGGUCUCUUACAAUCAGAAAUUUCUGCCUUGAGAGACCUACUUUAAGUUUGUUAAUACUUCAAAGAACAAAGCACAAUGAUCCUUUAGUAGAUCAUAUGUAAACCACUUAAUCUAGAGUCCAGUUUGAAAAUUGCCGAAUUAAAAAUACAUCGCCGCGUUAUUUUAGUUCACUGAGCCAAAAAAAAAAGGACACUGCUGGUUGGUGCAAAUCCGUAGUCACGGGUCUUUUUUUCAACUCAUUAGACAUGCUGACGUAAUGAAGAAGAUCAUACAGACAGUCGCUGAUGGCGGAGGAGAGCUUGGAGUUCAUAUGUAUCCUUUGAAUGUCAUGGUAAUGCGCGUGAUUCUGUGGAAUUAAAGCGUUAUCACUCGUUUCUUAGUACGUGAUCACACAAGAUGGUAUGAUCCAAACCAAGCUCAUACAUGUUCUAAACUAGGCAAAACAAGCACACAGAAGCAAAGAGAUGGACUUUUUCUAUGUCACUUUUUUUAUUUGUGGCUGUUACCUUUGUAGUGGUGAGAGAGACAUAAGUUUAUGACCAAUCAUCUAGCAUUAUUCAUGUAACGUGACUUUCUUAGACCAAUCCGAGAUUAGAACAAUCAUAUUUGAAACUGAGCUGAAAUUUCCCAAGUGAACAGAAGGUGAUAGAGACGUGAGACAGAUUUAAACACAGGGAAAGGUGAUUUUUCGUCUUGUCACGAGCGUGGGACAAAGAAAAAUUCUUAGUCCCAUCCAUUGCAUUCCGCGCACCGAUGCUCUACCACUGAGCCACAGAGACAUGUUUUGCAAAUUGAAAACAUCUGUGAUCUGUUCAAAGAAACAAAAUUCGUCCUGCGAACUCAGUCAGCCUUGUCUUUGGAAUGAGUUGAAGACACGAGAAGAAGCCCUAUUUAGAUUUUCCGUUUUCCUUGACUUUUUUCCCCAGGUAUUUACUCAUCUUUCUCAAAUUUGUCCAGGCUGUGAUACCCACAAUAGAGUACGACUAUACGAGACACUUCACCAUGUGAUCUUGAACCAAAUCAACUGAAUUGAACCCUUUAACCCUUUAAACCCUAAGAGAGAUCAGCAUCUAUUUUCUCCUAACAAUAACACAGCUGAAUCGUUCAUUAAGAUUAUGAGAAAAAAGGAAAUGAUCACCAACUAAAAGAAUUUGGAUUGUUAAGCAAAUUCUCCUUGUCAGUACGAAGCGAAAUGCACAGAGAAGAUUUGGGAGAAUAUAAAUACUGAUGUUAGGGUGUAAAGGGUUGAACUCCUGUGAGUAACCAAGACAAAAUUACUCCUUAGAUGACACUGAAGAAAAAUAUCAAUCAGGGGAUCAUUAGUUGAUUUCAUACCAAAUUCUCCAAACUAACAUCAUAAGAACUGUAUGGCAGACAGUUAGGAGAAUUACUAAUGAAGUAUUAAGAGUGAAAGGGUUAAGAUUUCUGAAGUAGAGCAUAUUUUCAAUAGCUUUGGUAGUGGUUUCGUAGCAGUAAAGAAAUAAUUAUGAAAUAUUGCCUCGUUUACGAAAAUUAAUUUUAUUAUUGAUUCCUCUUAAUGUGCGUUUUGCUUUCCAUUGUAGGAAAGAUUACACGAAAGUAUUUUAUGAAGCAAAAAGUAAAAUAGUGUACUACAGUGUAUACACUGGUGCUGCAGGUGCA